UCUGGCUACAACUCGACCUUUGGAGACUACGACGUCCUUGACCCAUUGUCCACUAUGGCGUACAAUGGUUCCAUCACUGACCCUAGUAUGGUAAGAACAUGGCGGGCUGGCAGUGAUGAAGAUUGCUUCAGGAGUCAGGCAGAACAAAACUUCCAGAUAGAGGGAGAUGUCCACUGCAAUGCAACAUGGGACACUAUUCUGUGUUGGCCGGCCGCUCGGGUGGGAACUGUCACAUUCCUGCCGUGCCCCCAAUUACCAGGACUGGACGUUACGAAGCACGGUUUUCGGAGAUGCGGGGCAGAGGGACGAUGGGAAGGGAAAUUUCCUGGAGAUUUCUCAAACCCAAAGGGUUAUACCAAUUAUACCAACUGCUACACGCCGGAGGCGUACGACAUUUGGAAAAAGUUUUACGCAAACAAGUCAUCAGCUCAGAGACAGAUGAUCAAGGACAUUGUGGUGGGUACAAGGACAAUGGAGAUAGUUGGUCUGUGGGUGUCGCUCGUGUCUUCGUUAAUAUCGCUCUUCAUCUUUAGUUAUUUUAGGAGUCUUAGAUGUCAUCGAACAAGAAUUCAUCGAAACCUGUUCGUAUCCAUCAGCGUGCAGACGAUUGUACGCCUGAUACUGUAUGUCGAUCAGUUCGUGGCCCAGGCUGGAGGGAGGUCCACUAUCGGUACCACUGGCAUGAGUGAGGGCGCAACCAUAUUUGAAACACCGGUGCUCUGUGAGUUCCUGUAUGCAAUGAUUGAGUAUACGAAGACAGUACAGUUUAUGUGGAUGCUGAUUGAGGGUCUCUAUCUACACAAUAUGAUCGCAGUGUCUGUGUUUUCGGGACGUCCUAACUACAUCGUAUUUUAUUUGAUGGGUUGGGGUGUGCCGCUUCCUUUCACGAUAGGCUGGGUAACUACAAUGGCAUUAAGUCACACAGCCAGAUGUUGGUUUCCAUAUUAUUUCUUGCCUUAUUACUGGAUAAUAGAAGCUCCCAGAGUCGCAGUAAUAGCGAUUAAUUUAAUGUUUUUACUAAACAUCAUUCGUGUCCUUGUGAUCAAACUUCGGCGCAGUCAAACUAACGAACCGCAAGUAACAAAAGUCAGAAAGGCGGUGAAGGCGGCGUUAGUACUUCUGCCGUUGCUUGGUAUCACAAACUUCGUCGUCAUGACUGAUCCCCCUGCAGAUAACGUCACCAAAUUCGGGAUCUGGUCGUACACAACUUAUUUCCUCGUGUCAUUCCAAGGAUUCCUUAUAUCAUUGCUAUACUGCUUUCUCAACGGGGAGGUACAAUUAACACUACGAAAGCGCUGGGAGAGAUACCGACAUAGCAGAGUGGUACAAUCGGCCAGUUUUAGACGUCUCAGCCGCUCAUUCUCCGUCUUUACGUCUAUUACGGAAGUCCCAAACACAACAGUAAACCAGAAUCGUCGCUCAUCUGCCGUUCCAAUAUCCAAUGGCAAUGUAGUUCCGCUUCUGCGCGGUAUGAUCGUUCGCCGCGAGUCCCGGAUGUGACGAUAUCCAUUACGGUAUGAUGUUGAACAAUGUCGUGCCGGGCGUUCCAGAUUUUAGUAUCUCAGAACUGAAACCACGUAAUCUGAUUAUGCGUCGUUGGUUCCAAAUGAAAUAUUAUCACAAAAGACGCAAGUGUGGAUAAGGAAAAUACAUACAUGGACCUUCAUAAGACGCCCUUCUGUUUCCUGGAGUCACACUGGAAUCAUCAGCGAGGCGUGGAUCGCAAAUUAAUAACAGCUCCAUAUGAUGUUGACAAAGGUCAGGAUUGUGACUUUUCACACCAAAACAAAGCUACACGUGUCUCUACCGACACAAAACUUGGACAUUUAGACCAAUGACUUUAUACAAAGGAGUUCGUAAGUCAUUGAUGCGUGAUAACUUUGGAUGAUUAACCAAGUAAUGCAUAACAGGAUAUGAUGUUAUGUAUUAUAGUUACUGAAUAUGACAAUAGUAAGAAUAAGAUAUUUCAUAUAUUCCAUACACGAGCCUGACAAAAUAUUAAAUAAUAUAUUUAGCUGAAGCAUUCUGUAAAGCGUAUUGCCAAUGCAAUACUGUUCAAUCAAUUUUAUUUUAGUAUUGUGAACAUGCUUUCUGUAUAUCAUUUGUUCAAUUGCGCUGGCAAAAUCUUAAAUACAUGAGACCAGAACUUUUUAGAUUCGAUUUCUCUUUAAGACAACGUUAAAAAUGUGUAAAUUUGAAUUUAACGAUAGCUUAUAGUA